UGUUUUAAAUUAGACACAAGAGGAGAGCUUUCUGAACCACCAGCAGCAUGGCUGAGGAACGAGUGUAUUCAGACUCUAGCAACCUUGCUUUUGAUAUAGCCACCAGUGCUACAGGUGAAGGGGAGGCUGCUCCACUUGACCCAUUAACAAUAUUAACUCUCCUGGAGAAAGUGGCCGGGAUUGUUGACAGUGUUAAUGAAACUCAGCGAAAAAUGGAGCAACAGCAACUGGAAAUAGAAAACACUGUUAAAGAGAUACAAAUCGAUGUUGCAAAGCUUAAUAAGGCUCACUUGACUACAGAUUCCACAGUCGCAAAGUUACUAGUGAAAACCCAAAAGAUCAACGCUAAUGUUAAAGAUGUGAGACAACGACUGGAUAAAACAAAUGCUCAGGUCAAAAAGGUUGAAGGAAACCACCGUGAGCUGCUCAAAAGGAAUAAAUUCCGUGUGGUCAUAUUCCAGGAAGAAAAUGAAAUGCCUUCCUCAGUAAUCUAUAAAAAUCUUCCUCACGAAGGGAAUGUGGCUGCGGCUGAGGGAGAACACGCUGCUACAGCAGCCACGCCACCACCAGACCUCUCCUCUGAUGAAGAAUUUGUUUACGAUGAAGAAACUGCAGCUGCACGACUCAAGAAGUCAGGCAUGAAGCAGCAGGAUUUCUGAUAGGGGAAUUAAAACCAGACUGAAGCUGAAAAAAAUCUGAUGUGAACUGGAGAUGCCCAGUAGAAUGUUACAGAAACAAAGUGCAGGUAUUAAUAGAGCUUAAUACGAUUCCUCUAUCCAUUCCCGCCAUUUUAUUUAUCGAUGCUAUGUGAAGUAACAUUGUAUAUGUAAAAUAUUUUAAGGCUUUUCAUUAUAUUUAUUGUUACCAUGUUGAUGUGAUUGGAAGCUGGAAGUUAAUUUGUUAUCUGGAAGAAUAAAUCUUAUUGCCUUAUUCCCUUCUAAUUAUUGCUCUUUGGUGUUUAUACUUAUAUUUUGGUUUUGGAUGCAAUUUAUGUACAUUAACUCAAUAAA